UUUCCCUUAUCUUUAUAAUCAACAAUUUAAUUAAAUCUCAAGCUUGAAAUGAUCAUAACUUUCUCUCUAUAAUUUCUUUGCCAAGCAUAAAAAAAAAUUGUCAACCUAGCUAGGUUGCACAAACUAUUAUUUUUAAGCUAUGAUGUCAAAUGAUCAAAUAAGAGUGAAAGGAGGAGGAGGAGAAGAAGAAGGAGAAGGAUCGUCAACAAGAUCAUCAACUACUUUACUUAUAGCACCAUCUGACGAUCAACAUCAGUUACCACCACCACCCCAAUUGAGUAGGUACGAAUCUCAAAAACGUCGCGAUUGGAACACUUUUGGACAAUACUUGAAAAAUCAAAGGCCUCCAGUUGUUUUAUCCCAGUGCAACUAUAACCACGUGUUAGAAUUUCUCCGAUACCUAGAUCAAUUCGGAAAAACUAAGGUACAUUUACAUGGUUGCCCUUUUUUCGGGCAACCAGAGCCUCCGGGGCCUUGUACUUGUCCUCUUAGACAAGCAUGGGGAAGUCUUGAUGCCCUUAUUGGUAGGCUUAGAGCUGCCUAUGAAGAAAAUGGUGGUCUACCGGAGAAUAAUCCAUUCGCGAGUGGUGCUAUACGCGUUUAUCUUCGAGAGGUAAGAGAUUUUCAAGCUAAAGCAAGAGGAAUUUCCUAUAAGAAGAAGAAAAAGAAGAGGAAAAUGCAAAUCAAAGCUACUUCUAGUAAUGCUCACGAGACAACAACAACUACCUUUCAAUUCCAAUCUUCUUGAAUUUCAAUUUGGCUUAUGAAGAAACAAGCAAAAGGUAAAAA